CAGCUUUUCUCGAAACAUGGAAGUCUUUUAUUGACUCGAACUACCAAAAGUCCAACUGAAUGUUGCUUGAAGUGUAUACAAAACAAGGAAUGUUUGUCUGUGAAUAUAGUCACCGAGGAGCCGCGGAGACUUCGUUGUGAGCUGCUUAAAUGGACAGGAAAAGGCUUUGAAAAAUAUCUCAAGUCGAAAAUCAAUUCCAAGUUUAUGCAGAUAAAGAAUCCUUGCGAAGAAAAUCCUUGCCGUAACAAUGGUCAAUGCAUUUUUGAUAACGAUGAACAGGACUACCGUUGCAUGUGCAAAAUGGGGUUCGCUGGAAGGCAAUGCCAAUUUUUUACAGAUGAGAAUGUCGACAAGAGCAUGGCGAAUUUCCUGGAAAACUCUACCAUACUGUCUAAAUACGGCAACCAGAGCUACGUAAAGGCACUKACCGGCUUCAUGGCCACUACGUUUAACAAGACAAGUCCCGGGGAUUGGGUGAGAUGUUGGCACGCUAGUCAAGAUGGAUGGGACACUCGACUUUCAUUUCAUCCUCAGUGUGACGGAAAGAAAGCUACAGUGACGAUAGUYCGUGUUGGUCAGUACGUGUUUGGUGGCUUUACGGAUAAAUCUUGGCAUAGUGCCGUUCUCUAUACCAAGUCAUCAAGAUCCUUCCUAUUCUCACUGUACAACAUCAAUGGAUUUCAACCCAUUCAGUUGAACUUAACAAAACUAAACCAUGAAAUGUAUGCUAUUUACGGUAAUAAAGCAUAUGGUCCAGCAUUUGGAUGGAGUUACCAAGAUCURCGUAUUGUUAAUCUUGCGAUCAAUUACGUUACUUCGCUUACAAUAGUAAGGAGCUACGAUCCCCCGCCUGGCUGUAGUAUUGGUUCAUCUUGUUCUUAUUUUGCUGGCCRAAGCAGGUUUACGCCAAACGAUGUGGAAGUGUUUUAUUACACUGGUCAGAUAACCAAAGGACUCCAGAAUUCCACCAUCCUCACUGAUUACGGCAACGACAGCUACGUGAAGACACUGGAUCGUUUUAUAAAUACUGCAUUACAGCAAUCGAAUCCAAGCAAAUGGGUGAGAUGUUGGCACGCCGUUGAAGAUGGAUGGGACACUCGACUCACAUUUCAUCCUCAGUGUGACGGAAAGAAAGCCACAGUGACGAUAGUCCGUGUUGGUCAGUACGUGUUUGGUGGAUUCACCGAUAAAUCCUGGUUUAGUGGCGUCGCGAAAUAUACCGAGUCCUCGAAGUCCUUUCUAUUUUCCCUGUACAACACCAAAGGCUAUCAACCCAUUCAGCUGAACCUAACAAAACURAACCAUCAAAAGUAUGCUAUUUACGGCAAUAAAGUUUAUGGUCCAGCAUUUGGAUGGAGUUACCAAGAUCUGCGUAUUACUAAUCUUGCCAUUAAUAACGCCAAUUCGCUUACAAUAGUAAGGAGCUACGAGCCCCCGCCUGGCUGUAGAAUCGGUUAUAGUUGUUCUUAUUUUGCUGGUCAAAGCAGGUUCACGCCAAACGAUGUGGAAGUGUUUUAUUACAACAAUGAAACUCGAGGAUUGGAGAAUUCUGCAAUCCUUGUCAAUUAUGGAAAUGAUUCGUAUAUCAAGACUUUGAUAGGCUUCUUAGACAAAAMAUUACAGCUUUCAAGCGGAUGGGUGAGAUGUUGGCACGCCGCUCAAGAUGGAUGGGACACUCGCCUCACAUUCCAUCCUCAGUGUGACGGAAAGAAAGCCAGCGUGACRAUAGUUCGUGUUGGUCAGUACCUGUUUGGUGGAUUUACAGAUAAAUCUUGGCAUAGUGCCGCUGCAUAUACCAAGUCAUCAAGAUCAUUUCUCUUUUCCCUAUACAACAUCAACGGAUAUCAACCCAUCCGAAUGAACCUGACAAGAGCAAACCACGAGAAUUACGCUACUUAUGGCAAUGCAGCUUUUGGACCAACAUUUGGUUACAGUCUGUAUGAUCUGUAUAUUUCUAAUCUGGCAAAGGACAAUUCAAAUUCGCGUACGGUAGUAAAUAGCUAUSAACCCCCACCUGGUUGUAGAAUUGGUUCAUAUUGUUCUUAUUUUGCUGGUCAAAUCAAGUUCACGCCGAGCGACAUCGAGGUUUUUUACUACGAUGAAAAUGACACAAAUUAAUUUGACGCAGUUUUUCUGGCGACUUUAUAGCGUCAUGUGUUUUGUCUACACAGUGGAUGAUCUGAGGGAGKGAAGGGCCAAAGGGUUUCCUCUCUUGAUUAAAAGAAUUYGAUGGUAAAUGAACAUCAUUCUAAGUUCAUAUUCAGAGUCAAUAUUUAAAGUCAUUUUUUCUUUAUUUACUGUAGUAUCGCGCAAACGCGCAUAGAGUGCAAGUCACAUA